AUGAGCCCAAAGAACGACUCCGGUUUCAAGGUCGAGCCUUUCGACGGCUCGAACUAUGGGUUGUGGAGUUACAAGAUGAAGAUGUACCUGAUGUCGAAGGGGCUGUGGGGCGCGAUCGCGGGCGAUGAGACAACAAGUGAGGCCAAGGAACAGCAAGCCCACGCGUGCUGA